AUGUUUACAUUUGAUCAAGCCAAUGGCCGCUUUUUCCUAGGGGGAAGCCAAUACGAUCGUUUUUGCAAGCAAUUGGGGCGCAUAUUCAACCAGGACGAUGUUUCGAAUGAGCUUAAGAGAAGAGCGGUAAAACCCGAUGAAAUUGGCACCCACUCCCUUCGCAAAGGUGCAGCCACUUUCGCUUCGUCUGGUUCAACUGCAUGUCCAACGUCAACUGCAGUGAACCUGCGAGCCGGUUGGUCGCUGGGAGGAUUCAGAACACAUACUUACGAUACGAGGCUGCAGGAGAUAUGCACGUUGGAAGAACGGUGA